UCGUCCAAAGUUCCAAACCAAACCCCCUCCGCCGCGCGCUCUCCCGCCCUCCGGCCCGCUCCCUAUAAAAGGCGGCUCCUCCUCCUCCGCCGAAUCCAUCGAGCCAGGCAGCAAGGCAACCCACCUUCCUCAGUGCCCUGCAGCUCCCGCCGUUGCAGGGAGGGCAAGAGCCCACAAGAACAAGUAGCAAGAACAACCGCGUCGGCCGCCGUCGCCGGCGGUCACCGACCGAGCUCGUAAGUCGAGAGUCGAGCGACAAUGGUGGUCAACAACAAGGUGGAAAGCCUCUCGUACGACGUCGCGGCGCCGCCCUCGAACGCCAUGCCUCCGCCGCCGCCGCCGGCACCCGUGAUGCACCAGCACCGGGAGGAGGCGGUGGUGCUGGAGAUGCACAAGGUGUCGCUGCCGGAGCGGCGGACGACGGCGAAGGCGCUGCGGCAGCGUCUCGCGGAGGUGUUCUUCCCCGACGACCCUCUGCACCAGUUCAAGAACCAGUCCUCCGCCCGGCGGCUGGUGCUGGCGCUGCAGUACUUGUUCCCCAUCUUCCAGUGGGGGUCCGAGUACAGCCCCCGCCUCCUCCGCUCCGACGUCGUCGCCGGCCUCACCAUUGCCAGCCUCGCCAUCCCGCAGGGAAUCAGCUACGCCAAGCUCGCCAACCUGCCUCCUAUCAUUGGCCUAUAUUCCAGCUUCGUUCCGCCGCUCAUCUACUCGCUGCUGGGGAGCUCGCGGGACCUGGCGGUGGGUCCGGUGUCGAUCGCGUCGCUGGUGAUGGGGUCCAUGCUCCGGGAAGCCGUCUCGCCGGACGACCAGCCCAUCCUCUACCUCCAGCUCGCCUUCACCGCCACCUUCUUUGCCGGCGUCUUCCAGGCGUCCCUCGGAUUCCUCAGGCUGGGUUUCAUCGUGGAUUUCCUGUCCAAGGCGACGCUGACGGGGUUCAUGGGCGGCGCCGCCAUCAUCGUGUCGCUGCAGCAGCUCAAGGGCCUGCUCGGCAUCGUCCACUUCACCUCCCACAUGGGCUUCGUCGACGUCAUGCGAUCCGUCGUCAAGCGCCACGACGAGUGGGAGUGGCAGACGAUCACCAUGGGCGUCGCCUUCCUCGCCAUCCUCCUCUUGACGCGCCAAAUCAGUGCCAGAAAUCCAAAGCUUUUCUGGGUAUCAGCUGGUGCUCCCCUGGCCUCAGUGAUAAUCUCCACCAUCCUCUCCUUCAUCUGGAAAUCUCAUAGCAUCAGCGUUAUUGGCAUGCUCCCCCGCGGAGUGAACCCACCUUCAGCUAACAUGCUCACCUUCAGCGGCUCCUACGUGGCCCUGACUAUCAAGACAGGGAUCAUGACAGGCAUCUUGUCCCUAACUGAAGGGAUUGCAGUAGGCAGGACAUUCGCAUCCAUCAACAACUACCAGGUCGACGGCAACAAGGAGAUGAUGGCCAUCGGAAUCAUGAACAUGGCCGGCUCCUGCGCCUCCUGCUACGUCACGACGGGUUCGUUCUCGCGAUCGGCGGUGAACUACAGUGCCGGGUGCAAGACGGCGCUAUCAAACAUCGUGAUGGCGGCGGCGGUGCUGGUGACGUUGCUGUUCCUGAUGCCGCUCUUCCACUACACCCCCAACGUGAUCCUGUCGGCGAUCAUCAUCACGGCGGUGAUCGGGCUCAUCGACGUCCGCGGCGCCUCCAAGCUGUGGAAGGUGGACAAGCUCGACUUCCUGGCCUGCAUGGCCGCGUUCCUCGGCGUCCUCCUCGUCUCCGUCCAGAUGGGCCUCGCCAUCGCCGUCGGCAUCUCGCUGUUCAAGAUCCUGCUGCAGGUGACGCGGCCCAACAUGGUGGUCAAGGGGCUCGUCCCGGGGACGCAGAGCUACCGCAGCGUCGUGCAGUACAGGGAGGCCGUGAGGGUGCCGUCGUUCCUCAUCGUCGGCGUUGAGUCGGCGAUCUACUUCACCAACUCCAUGUACCUCGUCGAGAGGAUCAUGAGGUACCUCCGGGACGAGGAGGAGAAGGCGCUCAAGUCGAACCAAGGCUCCAUCCGAUGUGUCAUCCUCGACAUGAGCGCUGUGGCGGCGAUCGACACGAGCGGCCUAGACGCACUCUCAGAGGUGAAGAGAGUCCUGGACAAAAGAAACAUCGAGCUGGUGCUUGCCAACCCGGUAGGGUCCGUUGCCGAGAGGAUGUUCAACUCGGCGGUGGGCGAGGCGUUCGGGUUGGACCGCCUGUUCUUCAGCGUAGCCGAAGCCGUGGCGGCGGCGCCAUGCAAAGCGCAGCCCUGAGGAGCAGCACUGCCCCCAUAGACCGGGCACGGGUACUCUGACCAGCAGAAGCAGUUGAACAAGUGCUUCUCGGAGGAGGCUAAAAUAGUUGCAUCGAAGAAGAUGAAGAAGAAGAGAAGAAGAAGGCGCUUUAAUUUGUUCGCGUGCAUGUUCUUGUUGUGUUUAGGGAGACUGGUAGAUCAGGAAUAACGUAAUGCCGAAUGCUGAUGAUCUCUUCUGGAUCGGGAGAAGAGUUUUUGAAGAACGUAACCACCAGCAUGUGUAGUUGUUGUUGUGAUUGCAACGACCGAAGUAAUUGACGAUGGUUCAGUAGCAGUUUAGGCCGUGCAGGCUUGAAAAUGUCUUUCUCGUCUCUGAAA